AUGGAGGCGCUCCAAAACAGCAAAGAGGGGAGCCGCCCUGGGUUGCACCGAAAGUGCCAGCUGCAGCGCCGCUGGUGGAUUGCCAUUGGGAUUGCAGUGGCCAUAGUCGUGAUCCUCGUAAUUGUCAUUCCGCUGGCCAUCAUCCUCCCCAAGCGCGGAGACGACGGCGGAAAGCCCUCGAGCGUCAUCUUCCCGCUGUACAUCUAUCCCGAGAACAACAGUACCUGGGGGCCAUUGUACGAAGCGGUCCUGACACACCCGGACCUUCACUUCCUAGUGAUUGUGAACCCACAGAGCGGGCCGGGCGAAACAUCGUCCCCGGACGAAGCGUACCAGACUGCCCUCCACCAGCUCGACACGUACCCCAACGUGCAGAAAGUGGGAUACGUGCGCACGGGGUACGCCGAGCGCAACAUCUCCGAGGUGCUUGCGGACGUAGCGACGUACGGCGGGUGGCAGGCGCAGUCGAGCGCGUUUGCGAUGGAGGGGAUUUUCUUCGACGAGUCGCCACACCAGUAUGCGGCCGAGACGGUCGAGUACCUCGAGCGGAUUAACCUCGCCGUUAAGAAUGUGACGGGGCUGACGGGGGAGCGGACGGUCAUCCACAACCCAGGCACCAUCCCGGACGCGCGCCUCGCCGUCCCCAACACCGACAUCACCGUCGUCUUCGAGCAGAGCUACGACCACUACGAGACGAGCCAAAAGGCCGCGCUGUCAGAAGAAAAGGAUGCUGACCGGGACAGCUGGGCUUACGUCUUCCACUCGGUGCCGCAGAUGAGCAACAGCACUCUGGAGCAUUUUGUCAACGACAUCAGCCACAAGGCGGCCUGGCUGUAUCUGACAACGCGGACCGACAGCUACUACGAGUUCUUCGACCCGCGCCUGGAAGAAUUUGUCGAUGUCGUGCCGACGUGA